AUCCGGAACUAUUGUCAAUAAUACUACACGAGAAAAAGUUAUUAUAUUGCCAAAAACUAUUAUACAAAUCAAAAAAAAAAAACGGGAAAAGAGAACACUGAGUAAACAGAAUAACAGGACAGUGAUUACAGCAUUAUAAAAUGACAGCACCGCUAAUCAACUCUGACGAGGAUUAUUACAUGGACGAGCCCUUUGAUGAGGAAUCUCUGUCAGAGGUAGAGGAAGAGCAGGAGAUUGAAGAAGGAUUGUUGGAGGGCAGCGAUUCACAGACCGACAGCGAUGUCGAGGCUGAGUAUCUGCGCGGCAAUCCCCAUGCUCGCCGCCUGCAGAUGUACCAAAAACUCAGUGGCGGUGGCAGCGGAUUCUCAUGUGAGAACAAGUUAACAUACGCCAGCUCCUCUUCCGAGGAUGACACACAUGUGGUAAUCACAAAAACGGUGGCCGAGGUAAAUCAGCUAUCGUUACGAAAUGAACACAUGGAUGAGGAAACUAUUUCAGUACGCACACUUGUACCCAAUACCAAGCAGAUCGAUGAUGGGGAUCAGACUGAAUUGGAAAUGGAAGGAGAAGACGAGAUAGGAGAUGGGGAGGAAACUAUAUUCGAUAAUUAUGAUAACGAAUCAGAACAAAGCAAUGAAGAGAAAGAGGAAGGUGUUGAAAUAGGCCAACUUGAAGAGGAAGACGAGCUUGAACCGGAAAACCAAUAUGAAAUGACCGCUGAUCAACAGCAACCGCAAAAUCAGGAUCUUGUCGACAUUGUCGAUGCCAACGAGAGCGAAAUGGAGUCGUCGCUAAACUCGGACAGUGAGGUCAAGACUGUGCCAGUGCCAGCACCGCGGAAUAUAAAACGGGGGCAUAAGUACCAUCCAGAUCUGGCUAGAAGACCCGUUGGUGAUGUUGAUGAUGCACCUCAAGUGCCGCAGCUACACUUACCAGAUAACUAUAAAGUUCCAGAUAUUAAUGGAUUGGAUUGCGAUGGACUGGGCACAGCUGAGCAACUGAAUGUCAAAUUUCUGGAACAGCAAAUGCAACAAAUGUCAGAGAUGAUCAUGAAAACCUAUCGUCUCCAUGGUGGGACAACAGACAAUAGUGCUUUCGAGCAUUUGGCAAUGGCCACCGAUCUGUUGAAGAAACAAGGCAAAGAAAUGUCCGAAAUGUGUAUGGAAGAAGAAUAUGAGGAGUCCAAAGCUUCCACCUCUGUUUGUUCGGAGAAAUUAAGUCGUCGUAACUGCCGUUGUCCGUCAAGUACUGAUGUACAUCAGCCCGAGCAGGAGCCGUUUUUUAUGGAUGAGUGCGGCCAGGGCGAUGGACUGUUGCGCUAUCCUCAUCUUGGCCAGCAGCAUUCAGCUCGAAUUGACUGUCGCGUUUCCAGUGUUACACCUAGCAGCUAUAACAGCGAUAGCAGUGGCUUCCACAUUGAAGUCGGUCGUCCACGCUCCGUUAUCUCAUCGGAGGUGAACUUCAAGAACUUGGGGCGCAAAAGCUUCAGCUUUACCAAUCCGCAAGUACGUGAAAUUGAGCGAGCGAAUAACAUCUUGCUAAAGAAAAUGAUGAAUGUGAAGACCACAAUCAAACCAUCCAUCAGUGCAGUCAAAUCCAGCACUAGUGUGCAGGCUAAGAAACAGCCACCGCCUCGCUUGACAAGCGCGGCCGUCAAUCGCAAGAAAAAUCAGCGCCAGAUCGACUUGGAUAAUGAUGUGCUUAAGCGCAAGCUGGAGGCGGUAGGAUCGCGCCGUCCCUUAUUCAAAUGAGAUGCGCUGUUCGAUGAAUAUCAUUAUAAUAAUUUUAGAAAUGUUUAAAGCGAAUUUAUCAAAUUAAAAUUUAUUGCAAGUUAUGAAAUGUA